AACAAAGAAUCAACAUUCGAUUGACGAGUCAGUCGUUUACUCGAUCUCGGACUGAUCGGGUGUGUAAAGUUUUACCUUGCGAUAUAAACAAAGUACUUCCACAUAUUAUAUUCAGAUCAAUACCAUCGCGAUUAAAUCGAAAAUAGUUGUUUGAACCUUUUUUAAGCGAAAUUACAAAUAUGUUCAGCUCAAGGAGAAAUGCUCAAAAAUUUAUUCAAUUAUACAAAAAUGAGAUUCGCCGGCAAUUUAGCAAAACAACGAGUGUAACAAAUUCUGAUGCCAUGUCUCCAAGACUUGAUCAUACACCACUCCACGCCCAACAAAACGAAGAUGCAGGACUUCCUAACAGAUUGCUGAAGUUGCAAAAAUAUCACAGAUACCUGUCGACCCUCACAUCUCAGCAAAUGCCACUGGCCGCCCGAGGACUGGCUGUCUCCAAAGAUCAGUCCCGGGAGUUCAUGGCUUGCUUCCCGGACAUCGUGAGGGACCUCACUGAAUCUGAUAAGCAUCUUGACGUGCCAGAAGCCAGCAAAUGGUUGGCUAAGCUUUUGCAGUACAACGUGCCAAAUGGAAAGAAAAAUCGCGGCCUAGCAACAGUACUCGCAUACAAGAUGUUGGAAAAGAGGGAAAAUUUGACGCCCGAAAACAUACACUUAGCCAAUAUAAUGGGCUGGUGUACAGAAAUGUUCCACGCGCUGCAAAUGGUCUCAUCAGAUAUAAUUGAAGGGAGGGAGAUGAGGAGAGGAGUUCCCUGUUGGUAUCGCCGACCCGACGUGGGUCUGAGUGGUGUGAACGACACUAGUAUGAUCCAAGCAGCAAUGUACUCUACUCUAAAACGACACUUUUCGGCAAAGCCAUACUACAAGAACGUUCUGGAAAUGUUCAAUGAGAUGCUGCUGAAAUGUUCCAUUGGACAAUAUUUAGUCAAACAAAUUUCAAAAACAGAUAAACCAGAUUUAUCUCAAUUUACUAUGGAAAAAUAUGAAGCUAUCACAAAAUACAAGACUUCCUAUUACACCUUCCAAAUGCCUGUCAGUUUGGCGCUGUUAAUGUCUGGAGUUGAUGAUCCAGAAACACACAGACAAGCUAAAACAAUUCUUUUGGAAAUGGGAGAAUUUUUCCAAAUUCAAGAUGAUUUCCUUGACUGCUUUGGAGAUCCAGCUGUAAUGGGCAGACAGGGGACUGAUAUUCAGGAAGGCAAAUGCACUUGGCUUGCUGUUGUAGCCCUACAAAGGGCAACACCGGAACAAAGAGAGUUAAUGGAGAAUCACUAUGCAAGCUCCAACCCCGAAGAUGUGAAUAAAAUCAAAGACUUAUACGAAGAGUUAGAAUUACCUCACACAUAUUCUGUCUAUGAAGAAGCUACAUAUGAUCUCAUCAGAACACAAAUUCAACAAGUUACUCGAGGUCUUCCACAUGAUUUAUUCUUUAAAAUUCUGGAUAAUAUCUUUAGGCAGCGUGCUUAAUUAUUUCUAUUUAAAAGAUGUGAUGUUAAUUGUUAGUUUACCUAGUUUUAAGUAAUGUAGGACUGAAAAAGGUUUAUCAGAAGGUUAUAUAAAAGUUAUAGAAAGUUACAAAAUAAACUGAAUAAGGCAUAAGCACUGUAUUAAGUAUGUGAUAAGAUUAUAAUAAGCUUAUGUAAUGUGCACAAAAUAAAUGGAGGUGUUAAUUAAAAA